AUGCGUACCAUCCAGACCAUAGAAAACCACAUCCCUGUGCUGAGGGAGAGCAUUCCACCACUCCCUGUCAGACUCCCUGUCACAGCCCACACUCCCUGUCAGACUCCCUGUCACAGCCAGACUCCCUGUCAGACUCCCUGUCACAGCCACACUCCCUGUCAGACUCCCUGUCACAGCCAGACUCCCUGUCAGACUCCCAGUCACAGCCAGACUCCCAGUCACAGUCCCUAUAAUAGCCACACUCCCAGACACACUCCCCGUCACAGCCCCUAUAAUCGUCACACUCCCCGCCAGACUCCCUGUCACAGCCAGUCUCCCUGUCACAGCCAGUCUCCCUGUCACAGCCAGGCUCCCUGUCACAGCCAGGCUCCCUGUCACAGCCAGGCUCCCUGUCACAGCCAGGCUCCCUGUCACAGCCAGGCUCCCUGUCGCAGCCCCUAUAACAGACACACUCUCCGCUAUAGUCCUUAUAACACCCGUUCUCCCCGCCAGACUCUCUGUCACAGCAACCACCUCUCCCUGGAGCCCCACCAGUACCCAACUCGACAGUAUCAGCAGCCAUGGUUUUCUCUUCCCCUGGCGAGGAGGCAGCCGGCGGAGAGGCAGCCGGCAGAGACCUCUACUGUUGUUUCUGAGGGCUGUUUCUCUUCCUCCAGCUCUGCUAGGCUCAGCACAUUAUGCAGAGCAGCAGAUGGAGAGGAGGAGAGGCAGCCAGGAGAGAGAGAGCAGGGAGGAAGGAGAGAAAGAGGUGGGGAGAGGGAAAGGGAGCCGGGAGAGAGAGAGCAGGUGCACGCGCAUGGAAAGAGACUGCAGGGAGGAGGGGGAGAAGGGAAGCAGAGAGAAAUCACGCAGGGAGGGGAGGGAGAAGAGCAGGGAGAAAUCGCACUGGCGCAGGGAGGAGGAGGAGGAGGAGAAGAGCGAGAGCAGGCGUACGUCUUUGCAUCAUCAGCCCUGCUCCUCUCGUCAUCGUCACCGGAAAGCAGCAUCCCAGCCUCCGCCUCGCAGCAGCUAUGCAGACGUAGACGGAGGAGCAGCAGCAGAGAAAAUGGCAGCUGUUUUCAAAGACAUGGCCUGAGUCUCAGCGUCAGACAGAAGUGGAGGCUGAGAUCCAGCAUUAUGGGGAACCAGGAUGGGAAGCAGAAGAAGGGGAAAGAGGGGGAAGGAUACGGACAGGACGCAGCAGACAAUACCACCGGAGAGCCUCGUCACACUGACGGCACAAACAAAGGAUUUCACCACGGCAAGAAAUCCCACGGAAAACAUGGCAAAGGAGUCGGGGAGGAGAAGAAGAAUAAGAAGGAGUCUAAAUCCUCUGUGUUCUCUAUCAGGAAGAGGAAGAAUCUAAAGGGGAAGGGAUCGACAGGCGGAUCCAGGGAGGAUGUGUUGUCGUCUCAGAAUGAGCUGGACUCCGCUCACUCUGCUCUCACCAAAACACCAGACCUCUCUCUGUCAGCUGACGACCUGGGCCAGUCUGACACUGAGGGAAUAACAGAGCCUGGCGAUGGGCACGGUGCUAGGAGUCAUGGUGGUAUCACGGGGGAGAGCCGGCAGCCCGCGGGGGAGAGCCGGCAGCCCGCGGGGGAGAGCCAGCAGCCCACGGGGGAGAGCCGGCAGCCCGCGGUGGCGACCACGGACACUGCUCCAGACCAGCAGGGGGAGGUUGAACAGAGAAAGAGGAGCAGCUCUGGUUCAGACGUGGACAUCUAUAGCUUUCACUCAGCUGCGGAACAAGAGGACCUGCUAGCGGACAUCCAGCAGGCUAUUAGACUACAGCAGGGGGUGAUUAUCUCCACCGCUGAGCUGAGUGAAGAGCUGGGUUGGGGAGGAGGGUGGAGRAAACAGAGGUCUGACGAGGUUAUAACUACCCCCAGUCCCACUGAACAAACCCCCCCACCGGAGCCUCUCGCUGCCCCAGAGGCAGCCCCCGUCACUGGCCGGGAGAAUGGCCUGCUUUCUAAACCGUCUCUGUCCCUGGAUGGGCAGGAGGAGGAGGAGGAGAGGGGAGCAACCACUGCUACAGAGGAACUAAACUGGGAGCUGAGAGGGGCUGAAACAGAACCGGCCCUUUGUGCCUCCUCUUUCUCUGGGACAAAGGAGCAGGAGGAGGAGCAGCAGGAGGAGGCAUUGAGCUGCCAGGAGGUGAACGUUAACACUCAGCCCCUCUCUCAGCCCCCCACAGCGCAGACGAACGGCCACGUUACCAAGACAACCAGCGUUACCAGCUUCCCAGACCUCACAGCCUCCUUUGAGAGCGCUGUGGAGUCUCCUCUCAGAGAGGAGAAGGAGGUGUUGGAGGAGGUGGAGGAAGAGGACGAGAAUGACCUGGACCUGGACCUGCCUCCCAUGUCAGCCGAGAGCCUUAGUCACAGUGACGCGACCACGAGCCACGAGGACAUAGACCUGAGCUCUGACAACGCCUCCGAGGGAGAGGAGAGGGUGGGGGACUGGGUGGGGGCAGGGGUGGGUGCUGCAGUCAGCGUUGAGUCCCUGGAAUGUCUUAGCAGGGGGGAUCUGAGGUGCUCUGAACCUGCCGACGAACCCCUGAUCACCCAGAGGAGGAAGAGCAGCGUGUCCUUCUACCCUUGGCCCUCUCAGGAGAGCCCUAGCCUGGCCACGCGUCUCCUCAAGUCCACCCUGACCUCCACCCUUCCAUCCUACAACCACUCCUCCUCAGGCACAAGCCCCACAGUCAAACCCUACCCUCCCAUUUACCCAUCUUACAUCAAGACCACCACCCGGCAGCUGUCUGGCUCCCCGGGCACCUCACCCUCACAGAGCCCGUUGUUCCGCCGGCGCUGCCACGACCUGGGACACCGCACGGAGAAGUGGAGGGUUAGACGACAGCGCUCCCACAGCAUCGCCGGUCCCCUCAGCUGGUCCGCRGACUGGACCGAGGAGCUGGAGAGGGAGCGMCCCACCAAGGCAGGAUCAGCGGACUACCUGCAGGGGUACGGAGGGUCGGAGGACAGGCUGAGGGGGGGCAGUCAGCCCCUGUGUGCCACACGGAGAUCCUCAACCGGACAGGUGUCUACCUGCAGCUUCCACGACAUCUUCACCGGU